AUAAGAUACUAUUACGUGUUUGUUCUUGUUUAUUUGCUUAUACCACUCAUACUAUGACGUCUCUGGUACAAAUUGAUGGUAGCUUAGGCGAGGGUGGUGGCCAAGUGCUAAGGAUAGCACUUUGUUUAAGUGCAUUAUACAAAAUUCCAGUAAGAAUUGAUAAUAUACGAGCUGGACGAUCUAAACCUGGACUUGCUGCACAACAUUUAAAAGGAGUAGAAUUAUUAAAAAGUAUGUGCAAUGCAAAAGUUGGAGGAGCAUAUAAAGGAUCAACAUGUAUAGAAUUUAAACCUAAUCAGUUGAAAGCAGAUGGGAGGCAUACAUUUGUUGCAGAUAUAGGAACUGCUGGUUGCAUUUGCUUGUCAGCUCAGAUAGCAUUGCCCUGUGCUCUUCUUUUCCCACAAAGAAAUGCUGUUACAUUAAUUCUUAAAGGUGGCACAAAUGUUCCUAUGGGGCCACACAUAGAAUACCUUACAGAAGUGUUACGACCAUUACUUAACAAAUUUGGAGCUGAUUUUGAUUUCAAAGUUGUAAGAAGGGGGUACUACCCAAAGGGAGGUGGAGAAAUACAUUUGUACAUAAAACCUGUACAUGUAUUGAAUGCUAUUACAUUAGUCGAUCCUGGAGUACCUAAUGAGGUAUUAGGAUGGGCUUAUGUUGCGGGUGUUGUGCCUAUCAAGGAAGCACAUAAAAUGGCAGAAGAUGCAAGGUCAAUUUUAAUAGAAGGUUUUCAUAAACAUAAUAUUCAUGUUCCACCAGUAAAUAUAUACACCUAUAAGGAGGACCAAUCUGUAGCUGUUGGAAAUGGAUCUGGCAUCAAUGUAGUGUGCACUUCCACUAGUGGAUGUAUUUUUGGUGGUUCUGCCUUGGGUUUGGGUCGUCAGGAACAAAUAGCACCAGGUGUACAGGCCGCUAAUGAAAUCUUAGAUGCAAUUUUAACAGGAUCUUGUGUUGAUGAACAUGCACAAGAUCAGUUAAUAAUUUUGAUGGCUUUGGCAAAAGGUACUUCUAAGAUUAAACUUGGAUCACAAAAACUGAGUUGUCACACUGAGACUGCUAUAAAGGUGGCAGAGAUGAUGUUAAAAGAUUAUAACCUUCACUUUAAAUUGAGUGAAAAAGAAGUUGGAGAUAAUAUUUCAUAUAUUUUAGAGUGUGAUGGCUGUAAUUACGAAAACAAAGUUAUGAGAUAA